ACAGCCUUUCCCCACCAUCUUCUCAUUAACAACAAGUAGACAAGAUGUAAAAUAACCAGCUAAAUCUUUCACUGUCAUCUAGUCUGUUUAGUAUUUUAUAUCUGAUUCUUUCUUUUUUUUUGUUGUUGCGCGAAGUCAGAGAAAAUCCGUGUGAAUUAGUUUAUAAUUUCAACUGAUUUACAUUCGAUUCUCACCUAUCGUUCGGGAGAGUUAUUUAACCCUGAAUCGGGAUUGUUUUUGACAGACAGCAAAGUAAAAAAGCAGAACGGAACAACACACCGGUUAUUUUGUCUGAUCGGUUUAUCGUUUUUUUAUUUUAUUUUGUAUUUUUUUAAUAUAAACAAGUUAAAAGAGUGUGGAAGACAGGAUGCAGAAGAGAAGAAAGCCUGAACCGAUACAACUCAACCCUAUUCCCGAUGGAAACACUAUCCACGGUACCGGUGUCACGGAGACUAACCUCGAGGCCCUUCAGAAGAAGCUAGAGGAGUUAGAGCUUGAUGAACAGCAGCGUAAACGCCUGGAAGCCUUUCUCACCCAGAAACAGAAAGUUGGAGAGCUGAAAGAUGAUGACAUGGAGAAGAUCUGUGAGCUGGGAGCCGGGAACGGAGGGGUGGUCUUCAAGGUGUCACACAAACCCUCAGGGCUCAUCAUGGCCAGGAAGCUGAUCCACCUGGAGAUCAAGCCGGCCAUAAGGAACCAGAUCAUCAGAGAGCUGCAGGUGCUGCAUGAGUGUAACUCCCCUUACAUCGUGGGCUUCUACGGGGCCUUCUACAGCGAUGGAGAGAUCAGCAUCUGUAUGGAACACAUGGACGGUGGUUCUCUGGAUCAGUCUCUGAAGAAAGCAGGAAAGAUACCAGAACAGAUCCUGGGGAAAGUCAGCAUCGCUGUGAUUAAAGGCCUGUCCUACCUGAGAGAGAAACAUAAGAUCAUGCAUCGAGAUGUGAAGCCAUCUAACAUCCUUGUUAACUCACGUGGUGAGAUCAAGCUGUGUGACUUUGGAGUGAGCGGUCAGCUCAUCGACUCCAUGGCCAAUUCCUUCGUGGGAACUCGCUCCUACAUGUCUCCAGAGCGUCUCCAGGGAACCCACUACUCUGUCCAGUCUGAUAUCUGGAGUAUGGGUCUGUCUCUGGUUGAGAUGGCUGUCGGACGCUUUCCCAUCCCUCCCCCCGACGCCCGCGAACUGGAAGUGAUCUUUGGGUUCCCGGUGGAGGGAGAACCCUGUUCUAGUGACAUCACUUCCCCCAAGCCCAGACCCCCCGGACGGCCAGGCAGCUCCUGUGGGCCAGACAGCAGACCUCCUAUGGCGAUUUUUGAACUGCUGGACUACAUAGUCAAUGAGCCUCCUCCUAAGCUGCCUGGUAUUUUCGGAGCUGAAUUUCAAGACUUUGUGAAUAAAUGUUUGAUCAAGAACCCAGCAGACAGGGCAGACCUGAAGCAGUUGAUGGUUCAUCAAUUCAUCAAGCUGUCAGAGGCAGAGGAGGUGGACUUUGCAGGCUGGCUGUGUAGCACCAUUGGACUCAACCAGCCAGUCACCCCAACACACAGUGUGGGCAUGUGAUGGCCCUUCUAUACACCUUGGUUAUGUCCCAAUUUAGCUCUCCUUCCGCCCAAAGUGUGCACUUGUUCACUUCCCUUCAAUGAUUUGAAAGUGGUGGAAACUCCCCCACUAGCUCAUGCUUCCAUCAAUCCCAUUUUUUUGGGAAGCAGCGAACAAGUGCACACUUAAGGAUAUAUUGGGACACACACCUGCUUAGCCAAACACUCAUAGCCUGUAUUCAAACAGAAUUGCUUUGUUUCAUCGGGGUGGUAUUCACAAUGAAGGGACCUACCUUCCAGAAAGGUCUGCCACUUUAACCACUGCCUCCAAAUAGGGUUCUCCUCUAUGACUAGGUAGGUCUGCUGCUUUAAGGACAAUAUGUAGGUCUGCUGCUUUAAGGACAAUAUGUAGGUCUGCUGCUUUAAGGACAAUAUGUAGGUCUGCUGCUUUAAGGACAAUAUGUAGAGCUGAUGCUUUAAGGACAAUAUGAAGGUCUGCUGCUUUAAGGACAAUAUGUAGGUCUGCUGCUUUAAGGACAAUAUGUAGGUCUGCUGUUUUAAUAAAGACAAUAUGUAGAUCUGCUGCUUUAAGGACAAUAUGUAGAUCUGCUGCUUUAAGGACAAUAUGUAGAUCUGCUGCUUUAAGGACAAUAUGUAGGUCUGCUGUUUUAAUAAAGACAAUAUGUA